AUGCUGGUGGCCAAUCCAACCGAAGAUGAGCUCGUUAGGAUCAUUGGCGGCCUGAACGAAAACUACGGCCUGGGCAUUCGCAAUCUCAAUCCUCAUCUGUCUCCCAGCAAGCGAAGAAGGCUGGCGCAAACAGAAGACGAAGCACGCGUCGACGCCAUCUAUCACCGCAUUCGCUUCCUGCACUUCAACAGGGGAGACCAACUGUCGAGCUGCCUUGGCAAGUUUCGCACAGAGGCUCAUCGGGCCCAGCGGCGCUCCGUCUGGCAAUCUUUCGGCGUCACUGGCUCGGGCCCCCAAUCCUCGGCUGCGUCACUUCAGGGUCGUCUGCUCGACAUCUUGUCGGAUGGCCCGCCGCUCGCUCGGACAAAACCACCCAAAAGACUGUCAGAUGAGGCUUCUAUUUCGCAGGCCAAGCGGCCCAAAAGUCGAGAAAACGGGCUGGUGGACGAAUUGCCCGUCAGAUCCAGGAUCAGCCCACCUGGCUGUCGUCCGCCACCUGGAGCAUCUCCAAGGCCGGACGAGACUAUUCACUCGUACUUUCCACCGACUUCGACUUCGACUUCGAUGCAAACCAAUGGCCUGUCAAAAUCAUCCUUGGCAGAUAACGUGUUCUCGACCGGUCAGGCUUCUGCACUCGCCAGCAGCGACACGACCUUGGACGAUGAUUUCUUAGACCAAGCGGCCGACGCCUAUCCAAUGAGCAACGAGCAGUAUCAAGCCUUUGCCGAACUCUUGGCCAAGUACGACGCGCACCCGGGGCGUCACAUCGACUCCUUCUUCAACCCCCGCGCGCCUCAGGGGUUGGAGCAGCGACUGAGGAUCACGUGGCCCAAGCAGCCCGUUCCAGGCCUCAACGAGGCUCCGCUUGCCGUCAUUUGGGAGGUGACACGAUUUCUUCAACAUUGCGGCGUUGGAGCUGCAGAGUAUGAAUUGACCUAUGAACCCAACCAACAAUGGCACAACCAAACAAGCCUGCGGGCAAUGCACGUCAACCAAGGCCCCUUUUGUGGUAAAGGCCUUCCUGUACGGAGCGAGGAGCAAGCAUAUACGCUCGCCUUGGACGGAUUCCAGUCCGACGUCAAAGCCGUCACCCUUUCGGCCGAACUCGUCCCUCGCUCCAGCGACACAGGGUCGUUUUACGAGUUCCGGCUGAACCCUUUAAGACUAGAGUUGGGCCACCGGUUGAACCGCCGCUUCGGCGCUGAUCGUUUCCUGGAGAUAGUCAUGCCAUCACCGCUUUCCUCGCAAGAGGAGUUGGCUUCGUACAAGCAAAAUACAAACUGUGCCGAGAGGAUAAUCCGUUGGCUGACAGCGAGCACUCAUUACUUCCUUGGGCGUCAUUGGACUCCAUUCUUCACGCGCGAGUUCAAGAAGACUUGCCAGUCGGCAGCAGGAAAAUCCCAAUACCUCCAGCGCGUCUAUUUCUUUGCCUCUGAUGGCAACAUCUUUCGAAUGCCAGACCCUCGCAGCGGCGUCCCACCACUGCAAGAGGCACGCACACCGAAUAGACGCUCGAAGAUGCCGCUUCACAGGCUGUUGGACUGGGCAAUCGAAAUUCAGCGCAACUCAAAGAAGCCGAUUCCAAAGUUAUUUGCUCGGCUUGCGCUCAGCUUGUCUCGAACUUGGCCAACCGUGGUGUUGAAACGGCACCAGAUCCUUUGCCGCGACCGAGACGUUGGGACGCAUGAGACAAUGAACGACGGCAUCGGCCGCAUGUCUCGAAGCCUCGCCAGAAAGGUGGCCACGUGCCUUGGAUUGACCUACGUACCCUCGGGCUACCAAGCCAGGAUCGGAAGCGCAAAAGGGAUGUGGAUCAUCGACGUUGAAGACGACGGCCUUGAGGAAGACGACUGGAUCGAGAUUUACCCCUCGCAGACAAAAUGGGACUGUGCCUUUGAGGAUCCUCAUCAUCGAUGCUUCGAGCAGUUUAUCCCCGUGCUCGAAGAGCAAGCCUGGGAUCGAGGGGCCAUGCGUCGUGCCAUCAAGGAACACCUCGAAAAUGGCCUUGUCGCCGAACUUGACGCCCAGACGGCAGCGCUGGGCCAUCCAGCCGACUUACGUCUAUGGCUGCGGCAAACAGGGGGGUCGAGGACGGGAAACGUGUUUCAUGGGGUUGUCCCGUGCCUAGCCGGGCUACCAAGAACAGACGAGGAGGCCAUCGCCUUCCUCUUGGAUGCUGGCUUUCAUCAUCGACAACUCAAAUACAUUCAGACUCUACUCUUCGAUCUGGCCAAGAAACGAGCCGAGCAAUUAAAGACCAAGACACAUGUUAAGGUACCGCAUUCGGCGUACAUGUUCAUGGUGGCAGAUUUCACCUCGACACUGGAGGAAGGAGAGGGGAAGAAGUCUCUCGCCACCAUGCUCAGCGGGGGAGACUUCGACGGAGAUCGCUGUUGGCUAACCUGGGACCGCAACAUUGUCGACAACUUCCGCAACGCUCCGGUUCCCGAGUGCCCUGAUCUCUUCGAGAGGGGAUACCUCAAGAAGUUGGACUUGACCGUCGAGGACAUUGGGGCUGGGCAGAGGAGUGACGACGAAAUUAGCGUUAAGUUCGUCUAUAUCGGAUUACUCUUCAACAUGCGGCCGUCCCUGCUCGGACAAUGCACCAAAUACAAAGAGAAACUGUGCUACAAGAGAAACACUGUCGGGGACGGCGCGGCUAUCAUUUUGAGCCAUCUCGUCAGUCAUCUCGUGGACCAAAGCAAACAGGGCAUCAUUUUCGAGAUGGACGACUGGGACAAACUGCGACGAGAUUUUCACUGGCCAAGCCGCCUCGACAACCCGCACUACUCUGAAGACAGGAUUCCGGAUCAUAACAGGAUGAAUGGCGGGAACCACAUUCUAGAUUUCCUGAAGUUUGAAGUAGCCGAGAAGGUAAUCCAACGCGCUUUGACGACCUUUUCCGAGGAGGUUUUCUCCCCCGGCGGAGAAAACUUCGACAUUGACCUGACGAAGAUGUACAAUCGAUUCGAUGAGAGAGGCAAGACGUCGGAGUUGGUCAAGCAACUCCUAAAGGGUCUGCGCAAGGACAUUGACGCAGUGUUGGAGACGUGGCGGCAAAGAUUGAGUAGAAAGGAAGAGGGAGAGAGUGAUUACGCGACCAAAGUGAAGGAAGUCUGGGAAAUGUGGCUUAACAUCAAGCCUGCCGAAGAAUUGAUGUCGUCGGAACUAGUACAGAUGCUCAUGGAGGAUUCGAAAUCCGACCUGGGGCAGUGGAACCUGCUAAAGGCCUCGGCAACGUUCAAAUACCACUGGAACCAUAUCAAGUUUACGUGGCGCAUGGCGGCGCGGCAGCUCUGCUUCUUGAAGGUCAUGCAGACGGAGGUGGCGGGCGAGGCGGCAGUGGCCAUUGUGCAGCCAGCGAUGUGGGCUUCAUUGCGGCCUGACAAGAAUUUCAUCACGGCGCGCAGUGCGCAGCGAGAGGCGGCGAGAGAGAACGACAGCGUUGUUGCCGUCGAGGAGGUGAUGGAGUACGACGACGACGGGCUGGCCAUGGACGACGUGUGA